CUAGUUUCAGUCUUCACGCGCUCUAGUGGAGUCCUGUUCGCUGCCUGACAGCGGGCUCUUCUUCACCGUUUCCCAGCUUCACGCGUUUCUUUGGUAGAGAUGUGGUUUAUUUAGCGCACUGAUCAGUAAAACACGUUAGUUUUCGCGAUGGGCGGGAAGAAGAAGAAGUCUGCAGCCUCAGCUCUGAACACAAACAGCGCAGAAACUGAACCCGGCGCCAAAAAACAGCCACAGAGAACAAAUACUGACAAAGAAAACAAACCCAGAGCUCCCAAAACAUAUAGUCUUAACAGUAACGCCCAGACUGACUCUGGCAGUGUGUCUGAUAAAUCAGUACUGAAGGUGGUUAUCCGACCAGAACUGGAGAAGAAGGUGAUCAAGUUAAUUAAUGAAUACAGACAAGAACAUGCAGACAAAGGACCGAUAUCUGGGAGACUCACCUCCAAGAAGUUGCUGGAUUUAUACACAGCGCUGCAGACGUUCCAGUUUAAGACGGAGCACAUCGAGGAGGCCAUGAAGAGCAGCACCCUGUACGGAGGAGACCUGCUCUCGGCGCUCGACUGGCUCUGUCUCAACCUCGGAGACGAUGAGCUUCCGGAGGGAUUCAGCCAAAAGAUGCAGGAGGAGAAACAGAAGAGUCGGCCGAAGUUCCAGCCUCCUAAAGAAGACGAGAAACAGACGCUGAGCGAGAAAGAAGCGCCGGAACAGGAAGAGAAACCGAAGGCUAAGACUUCUGUAAAAGAGAGCGGAGACGGCGUGAAGGAGUGGAUCCUGCGCUACGCCGAACACGCUGAAGAUCAGAGCGAGGAAGAAGAAGAAAAUGAAGACCAGCACGCGAGUGCGUCUAACCCAGAGCCGGACCGGGCGUUCGAUCCUAACGAGCGGUACCUGCUGCUGAGCGCUCAGAUGAGCGACGCCAAGGACGCGGCGGCCGAGUCUAAAGCCAAGAGAGACCGAGCUGGACAGAGGACGGCGCAGGACCGCAUCCGGGUCGUCCAGCAAGAAAUGAAGUCUUUGGAGAGUCAUCCGAUGUUUAACCCGGCUCUUAAAGUCAAAGACGCUCCUAAAGAGGACAGGAAGCCGGUGGCUGUCCCCGACGGGAAAGACGAGCUCGACUUCAAGCUCUUUGAACAAACACAGACACCUCCAGCACAAAAAGCUGAGAAGCAGAAGAAAGAGCCCAAAGACAUCCGUGACUUUGACUACACAUCGAGGAGCUGGACGGGCAAGUCUCCCAAACAGUUUCUGAUUGAUUGGUGCAGGAAGAACCUCCCGAAGAGUCCUCCUCCCUCCUUCCAGAAAGCUGCAGUCGGCAGAUACUGGAAAUGCAAAGUUCGUAUCCAGAGGCCUAAUGACGUUCUGGAGGUUUGCCCCACUAUCCUGACCGAAGACGGCAUGCAGGCCCAGCACUUAGGAGCCACGCUGGCUCUGUACAACCUGGUCAAAGGACAGUCUGUGCAUCAGCUCCUGCCGCCCACCUACCGUGACGUGUGGCUCGAGUGGAGAGACGGCGAGCAAAAAGAAGAGGAGCAAACCCGCUCCGCCAUCAACAAACCCCGGGACCAGUUCAUCGCCCGCCUGCUGAGUUGUCUCAAACAGCAGCAGAGCCUCCGCCCGCAGGCCGAGCCGCAGGACCAGCUCCCCGACGCCGAGCCCGAGGACUCCUGGGAGAGCCUGGACACGCAGGAGGAGCCGGAGCCCCAGCGCGGAGCAGGCCUGGAGGCGCAGGAGGCCGCCCGGAAGCUGCUGCUCGCGCUGAGGACCUCGGCUCUGGCCCGCAGGCUGCUGACUGACCGAGAGCGGCUGCCCGUCUUCCAGCUCCGCCCGCAGCUGAUGGAGGCCCUGCGCCGCCACAGAGUUCUGGUGAUCGCCGGAGAGACCGGCAGCGGGAAGAGCACGCAGAUCCCUCAGUUCAUCCUGGAGCAGCUCCUGGCCGGCGGAGAGCCCUGCAGCGUGCUGGUCACUCAGCCCAGGAGGAUCUCAGCCGUGAGUCUGGCCUGCAGGGUGUCGCAGGAGCUGGGGAGCGAGGACGGCCCGGGAGCCAAGAGGUCGCUGUGUGGAUAUCAGAUCCGUAUGGAGAACCGCUCGGGUGAAUCCACACGACUGCUGUACUGCACCACCGGAGUUCUGCUGCGCAAACUACAGCAGGACCGGCUCCUCGGCUCCUUCACGCACAUCAUCGUGGACGAGGUUCACGAGCGGAGCGUCCAGUCAGACUUCCUCCUCACCAUACUAAAAGAAGUGGUCCAGAAGCGCUCGGAUCUGCGCUUGGUCCUGAUGAGCGCCACCGUCGACUGUCAGAAGUUCGCCAACUACUUCAACCGCUGUCCUGUGGUCACCGUUCCCGGCAGGACCUUCCCUGUGGAGGUGUUUCACCUGGAGGAUAUCGUGGAGGAGACGGGUUACGUUCUGGAGCAGGACUCCGAGUACAGCCAGAGGUUUGUGGAGGAGGAGGAGGAGGUCAGCAUCAGCGUCACACAGAAGGGAGGAAAGACUCUUCAGCACCAGGAGCUGAUAGCGAGGGACUCGGGCUCAGGCUGGGAUCUGGGUCCAGAGCUGGAUCACUUCAGCAGCCGGACGAGACGUGUCCUGCAGUACAUGAACCCCAAUAAGAUAAACAUGGAUCUGAUAUUAGACCUGCUGGAAUACCUGGAUAAAUCUCCUCAGUUUCGUGAUGUGGACGGUGCAGUUCUGAUCUUCCUCCCAGGCCUGGCUCAUAUUCAACAGCUGUAUGAUCUACUGACCAGCGACAAGAGGUUCGGCUCCAGGGACAGAUACAAGCUGAUCGCCCUCCACUCCACGCUGUCCUCUCAGGACCAGUCUUCGGCCUUCACGGUGCCCCCUGCUGGAGUCAGGAAGAUCGUUCUGUCCACAAACAUCGCUGAGACGGGCGUCACUAUUCCUGACGUGGUCUUUGUGAUCGACACCGGAAAGACUAAAGAGAAUCGGUAUCACGAGAGCAGUCAGAUGAGUUCUCUGGUGGAGACGUUUGUGAGUAAAGCCAGCGCUCUGCAGAGGCAGGGGAGAGCGGGACGGGUUCGACCGGGCUUCUGCUUCCGGCUUUAUCCCAAAUUCAGGUUUGACAGCUUCAAUGAUUACUCCAUUCCUGAGAUUCUCAGAGUGCCUUUGGAGGAGCUUUGCCUUCAUAUUAUGAAGUGUGAUUAUGGCUCUCCAGAGGACUUCCUGUGUCGAGCUCUCGAUGCUCCUCAGCAGCAGGCUGUGUGUAACGCUGUGGGUCUGCUGAGGAAGAUCGGUGCGUGUCAUCAUGACAGCCACACCCUCACACCGCUCGGACAUCACUUAGCUGCUCUUCCUGUCAACGUCAAGAUCGGCAAAAUGCUCAUCUUUGGCGCUAUCUUCGGCUGCCUGGAACCCAUAGCCACCAUCGCAGCGGCCAUGUCUGAGAAGUCUCCGUUCGUCACCCCUAUGAGCAGAAAGGAGGAGGCCGAUCUGGCUAAAUCUGCUCUAGCAGUCGCAAACUCUGAUCACGUGACCAUCUACCGCGCUUACCUCGGGUGGAGGAGCUCUCGGAGCGAGGGGACGCGUGCGGAGACGGCCUACUGCCGGAGACACUUCCUGAGCCGCACUGCCCUCAUGACCCUGGAGGAUGUGAAGCAGGAGCUGAUGAGGAUGGUGGAGCAGGCUGGGUUCGUCUCCUCGAGGCGCGGCGCUGAAGCCAAGGCCCUGCGCUCUCCCUCCGAGCAGGACGUGUCCGUUCUCAAGGCGGUGCUGACGGCGGGUCUGUACGACAGCGUGGGUCGUGUCCUGAGCUCUCCCUCGCUGGACGUCCAGGAGCGGGUGGUGUGUGUGGUCGAGACGGCUCAGGGAAAAGCCCAGGUUCACCCCUCGUCCGUCAACCGCUUCCUGCAGACCCACGGCUGGCUGCUCUUCCAGGAGAAGGUGAAAUACACCAAGGUGUUCCUAAGAGACACUACGCUGAUCUCUCCGUUAUCAAUGCUGCUGUUCGGAGGAGAUAUCGACGUGCAGCACAGGGAGAGACUCAUCUCUCUGGACGGAUGGAUCUACUUCCAGGCUCCAGUCAGAAUCGGCGUGAUCUUCAAACACCUUCGUAAACUGAUCGACUCCCUCCUGGAGAGGAAAUUGGCCAACCCCAAAAUGAACUUGGAAGACGAGAAAACCAUUCAAAUCAUUACAGAACUGAUCAAGUCAGAAAACACGCUCUGAGGAAGUGGCUGCUGGUUUUACUGAAAGGGUGGCAAACCUCACUGAGGCGAGAAAAUGUAAAUUAUAUUGCCAAACCAGAAUAAAAUUAUUUUAAGAACAAA